AUGUCAAAGAAAUUUGAGAGCCGCAUUAAUCGUAUUAAUAUAAACAAUUUGAUCGAAAGGAAUACUAAAAGAUCCGAAGGGAAAGAUGUUCCUGAUACUAAAGUACAAGAGGUUAUUCAACAGCCUUUUGAAGUUUUAAAUCGUUACUAUCCAGCAGCACAAAUUUUACAAAAUCCAACCCUAGUAGUAGCCAGACAGUUAGAAAUUCUUAAUAUCUUUUUGGGUUUUGAACAAGCAAAUAAAUAUGCUCUUCUUGAUCCCAAUGGGAAUUGUGUAGGAUAUGUUGCUGAAGAGGAGUCUUUUGCUUCAACUAUAUUAAGACAACUUUUCAGAACGCACCGAAAAUUUAACGCCAUGAUUAUAGAUUUGGAGGGUCAAUUGAUUUUGAAGAUUAGAAGACCAUUUGCAUGGAUCAACUCUCGCAUAUUUAUUAGUACUAGUGAAGAACACUUGAUUGGAGAAUUCGCAAGGAUUGAUACUGGUUUCUUAUCGUGGGAUUUCAAUAUCGAAGAUGAACUUGGUAGUAUUCUUGGAAGCGUUAAUCGUAAUUUUUCAGGUAUUGCUAGAGAGCUUUUUACCGAUACGGGAAAAUAUGUAAUAAGAAUGGAUUCUAGAGAGUUGACGUUUGAUCAACGCGCUGUGAUAUUAGCAGCGGCCAUCUCUAUAGAUUUUGAUUAUUUCUCUCGACAUUCUGGGAAUGGAGGAUUUUUACCUAUUCCUUUCAUUGGAGGAAGCGAUGAUACAGAUUAUGAAAUUGAUUAA